AUGGCUUUACCCGGUGUUCGUAUUAAUAAGGCUUUGUUAUCUAGGUUUUUUCCCAUCACAUGUUCAAGGCAUGGGCUGCAAAUUGCGUCUAGAGCAGACUUAGAGCCUAAAAAACCGCCUCCAUUUGACUUUCUUAGCACUGGCUACCCUCCUUGGCUAAUGUUUGAUAAUACAAAGCACCGGUUUACGGAAAAUACAAAAUUUAUAUGCGUUGAGGGAAACAUUGCUUCUGGAAAAGGUCAUGUAGCAAAAAAAAUCUCGGAGUACUUCGGAAUGGACCAUCAACCCGAUCCGACAGAUGAUGAUAUUUACACCCUUAGGAAUUAUGACCCCCCAAUUGACGUCCGGAUGCAUAACACAAUGCUUCCAAGAGAGGCACAGUAUUACACCACCGAAAUGUUUUGGACUGAGGAGAACCUUAAAGAACAGGGCAAGCCGAUGUAUUUGCAAUACCAAUACUAUAUGAAUCGGUACUGGAAUUACCUUAUUGGUCUUUGCACAUUAUUCAACACCGGAAAGGGCUGCGUUACUGAACGUAGCCACUUUUCUGACAUAGCAUUUGCUGAGGCCUUGCUAAACUGCGGAUACAUUUCAGAAUAUGGUAAACUCGUCUUUUUCCUAAAGCAAUUCAAUAUAGCAUAUGAUUGGUUUAGCUACGUUCACGCUAACACCGCAUUGAAUUUAUGGAAGCCCCAUCUAAUUGUGUAUGUAAAAGCAACCAAAGAGCAGAUUCGAGAAUCACUCAAGAAAAAGAAUGCACCUUGGCAGAAGGAUGCUAAGAAUUUGAGCGACGACUUCAUAGCUGCAUACAAUAAAGCCCUGGAGAGUUACCUUGAGAAGAUGUCCCGUUACUCCGAGAUCUUCGUUGUUGAUCGCGCCUCCACCGACAUUUUCGAUGAAAAUGAAAUUGUUAUUUUAAUGGAGAAGCUUACUAACUUGGAUUACGAAGGUGAACGACUGAUUCGAGACGACUACAAGUUUCUCGAAUGGCGUAAUGGUCUCUUCAAUGAGCGCGCUGCCUCCUACAAUAGAGAAAAAUUCUCUUCAGCUAUUUUAAAGUUCUCGACACCGUUCAAGAAAUUUCCCAUUCCCCUUGACAUGAAGGAGGGGAUGUACAGUUUCGAUGCCAAGGAACUGCAGCAUCAUAUUUAUAAACGACCCAUUCUCAUUUUACGCCGCCAACAAGGCGGCCAGAUACGUGUCGGGAGACAUGCUCGCUUUGACCGUUAUCCCGCCCGUGUAAAUAACCAAGACCAGAUGCGGUCGCAUUAUUCAGUCAAUACUUCUUUGGCUCUGGUGGUGCAGGAUUUGAACCACCUAUGCGAGCACCGGGCUGCUAUUAGCCCUCGGGUACCAGCUGCCUCGACCGUCCCUGUAAAUGUUACUGGAGCUACCGGACUUAUUCUACUUGUACGCUAUUCGACUUCGUUACGGUCACUCAAAUCUGUUCUUUUUACCCUUCCCAUCCAGGACCCUAGGCUGAAAUACGCGGCCGGAUAUGACCCCUCAAAGGACAGUCUUUUCCGAAUCUUAUUCGACCCGUGGGUAGAAAAGCGGAACUAUCGCAAAGACUGGCCCAAAUACUUCCUUACGUUCUACUAG